CUUAGGUUAGUUAUGGUUGAGUUUUGGAACACAUGUAUAGCGUCCCGCGUAUCUCGCACAUCUUGCGCAUGUAUACCAUACCGUAUAUAAUACCGGUAUUACAAUUUUUUUGAUAUUAAACGUUACAAAAUAAUCAUUUCACCAACAUCAUGAAACUAGUAAGAUUUUUGAUGAAACUCAGUCAUGAGACUGUAACGAUAGAACUAAAAAAUGGAACUCAAGUACACGGUACAAUUACAGGUGUUGAUGUAGCUAUGAAUACCCAUUUGAAAACAGUAAAGAUGAUAAUUAAGAAUAGAGAUCCUAUACAAUUGGAUACUUUAAGUUUACGUGGGAACAAUAUACGGUAUUAUAUUCUACCUGAAUGUCUUGCGUUAGAAACAUUACUUAUUGAUGACACACCAAAGGCCAAGGCUAAGAAGAAAGAAGCUGCAAGAGGAGCAGCACGUGGUAGAGGCCGUGGUGGUCGUGGUGCCAGAGGUGGUAGAGGAGGUAGAGGAAGAGGAAGAGGCAGACGAUAGUAGCAUUAAACUUAUUAAGUAUUUGAAAUGAUUCUUCCACAUGUGGACAAUUGAA